AUGGACGACUACAGACACUCAACUCUAGUUAAACUACUGGUACUUUGCAGAGACGGACCAGGAGGACCAGGAGGUGGACCAGGAGGUGAACCAGGAGGUGGACCAGGAGGCGGAACAGGAGGCGGACCUGGAAGUGAACCAGGAGGCGGACCAGGAGGCGGACCUGGAGGUGAACCAGGAGGCGGAACAGGAGGCGGACCUGGAGGUGAACCAGGAGGCGGACCAGGAGAACCAGGAGGUGGACCAGGAGGUGAACCAGGAGGUGGACCAGGAGGCGGACCUGGAGGUGAACCAGGAGGCGGAACAGGAGGCGGACCUGGAAGUGAACCAGGAGGCGGACCAGGAGGCGGACCAGGAGGCGGACCUGGAGGUGAACCAGGAGGCGGAACAGGAGGCGGACCUGGAGGUGAACCAGGAGGCGGACCAGGAGGACCAGGAGGUGGACCAGGAGGUGAACCAGGAGGUGGACCAGGAGGCGGACCUGGAGGUGAACCAGGAGGCGGAACAGGAGGCGGACCUGGAGGCGAACCAGGAGGCGGACCAGGAGGCGGACCAGGAGGCGGACCUGGAGGUGAACCAGGAGGCGGACCAGGAGGCGGACCUGGAGAUGGACCAGGAUGCAUUGCACGUAAACGGCGAGUUGGCUACGUUACAGCAGCUCUUUUAAACUGAAUUGAAGAAGUAAGAACAGAACUUGGACACUCAGACUCGUCUCAUUCCAACAGGACAGAAACAACAACAAACUCACCACAACGUCUCCUCCUCUUCAUCAUCUUCAUCUCCUCGUCUUCAUCCAGAAGAUAACUCACUGAUCUGUCAUUUACUCUCAUUUAAAAUCAUCUUUAUUCAUUUAAUCUGAUUUAAACAGUUUAGAACUUCAGCUUCUUCGUACAUAAUGAAUAACUUAAGAGGAAUGAUUCAGUCUCAUAUCGUCUUUAAAAACUCCACCAGUCUCUCGUGUUUCCAUCCCGGAGCCGGACUCCCCAAAUAACAUGUCCUUUCUCCUCCUUCAGUUUCCAUCCAUGAUCUCUGCAGGAAGAUAAAACUCCAAACCUCAGAGUUAGUCCGAAGAUUUAAACCUGGAACCUUCGUUGAUUUCAUCCAAACAUGUUGGCCCAAAUAAAAAUGUUGUGUUUACGCACCAACUCCAGAACUGUCAAUAUUCUGUAUAUAUAUAUAUUCAGUAUUUCAGAGCCGUGGUCGGGGCCAUAGAUUCUAAUUUACUGAUAUUUCAGAGUCGUGGUCGGGGCCAUAGAUUCUAA